GACUGAUCCAACAUUUGCGACCAAAUCUUAAGAUCAGGUUGACAAUUGCUAAGUAGGAAAAUCCAGAUAGUUAUAAGUAAAGCAAUGUUCGUAGGUUGUUAUUUAAUGAACCAAGAAGAAAAAUCAUCCUAACAACAUGAAUUCAGACCAAGCUCAAGAAACCGUCACCUCCAACACGAUGGUUUCACAACACCCACAUAAUUUUUCCGAAACGGAGAAGCAACAACUUUCAGGAUGGAACCCACUUCUCUGGUUGGACUACUUGAAUGCCGAUGGCGCCGGUGCAUAUAAUAUCCUGAAAGCCGAGAGAAGCCAAAUCGAUGAAUAUGAAAGGAAUGAGUCCGGAGAGGAGCAGCCAGAGAAUCAAAACAGUCAAGCUGAAGAUCCCACUUCACACCAUCGUCUCUUACAAGAGGAAAAGAAUCGUAUGGGGGGAUGGGCCCAAUUUUUAUGGCUUGACUACAUGAACGCCGAUGCGGCUGCUGCCCAAAGGGUUCUAAAAGCUAAAAGAGAAGAGAGAGAGGAAUAUGAGAGAAAGGAGGAAGAAAUCCGUCCUACCUUGAGAGAGCUUGAAGAUGGGAUCCGGAAAGAAACAAGUGGACGGACAGCUCCAGUGGAGGGCUCGGGAUCUGAGGAGCAGAAAUCAAUGGAUAUGGUGGAAGAGGAAUGGCAAGAAGCCUCACAAUAUCCGAUCGGUCCAAUAAUGGGAGACUGAGUAUUGUACGACUUGAAGGCGGACAGUAAUGCUAAUGACAUUUACUGCCAUGUAUCUGCAUAGAGUAAAUCCAUGAAUUCCCGAGUCUCGAAGAAAGGAGCAGCUAGAAAUGACACCAAGUUCGAAUUGGAUGUAAAUCUCUCUACCAG